GGAGUUCACGUGCGAGCAGCGGCGGAUCCACUUUCUCUACCUACCAUGGCGCAGCCAGGACCCAUGAACCUCAAUAACGAGGUUGUGAAGAUGAGAAAAGAAGUGAAGAGAGUCCGAGUUCUGGUUAUCCGAAAACUUGUCAGGAGUGUUGGCAGACUGAAGUCAAAAAAGGGUACUGAAGAUGCACUGUUAAAAAAUCAAAGACGGGUACAACGAUUGCUUGAAGAAAUCCAUGCCAUGAAGGAAUUGAAACCUGAUAUAGUAACUAAAUCUGCUCUUGGGGAUGAUAUCAACUUUGAAAAAAUUUGCAAAAAGCCAGAUUCUACUGCAACUGAAAGAGCAAUUGCCAGACUAGCAGUACACCCUCUUCUGAAGAAAAAAAUAGAUGUACUAAAAGCUGCUGUCCAAGUCUUUAAAGACGCAAGACAAAAUGUUGCUGAAGUUGAAUCAUCAAAGAAUGCUUCAGAAGAAAAUCAUUCUAAGGACACUUUGUCUUCAAAUGACGAUACAAGUAAGUUACAGCAUGAAGGAACUAUUAUCAGUGGCCAAAAAGUGAAAGAAGCCAAAAUACUGGCAAAGAAACCGAUAAAUAAUUCAAAGAACAAAGUAACCAAGAUGGAACAUGGGCCCAAAGCAGUAGACAUUCCAAAUUCUUCAUUAAAGCCUUCAGAAAAGGAUUCUGUGGGUCUCUCUUCACUCCAGAGAACUCCUGCUGACCCCAAAAUUAAAACAUUAAGUCAAAUCCAAAAAAAGAAAGUGUCUAAUAGUUCGCUUGGUGAUGACAGUGAUGGCGAAAAAGAAUUACAUGAAGAGGAAAAGGAGUAUUUUGAUGAUAGCACAGAAGAAAGGUUUUACAAACAGUCUUCCAUGUCUGAGGAUAGUGAUAGUGGUGACGACUUCUUCAUUGGGAAAGUCAGAAGGACACGGAAGAAGGAAAGUAGUUGCCAUUCUUCAGUUGGGGAACAAAGACCCCUCCAAAAAGUGAUACCCAAAGAAGAUACACAUGAAACUCACUGGGAUGUAAGAAGUGACAAAAACAAGCCAAGUACAGAAGCCAGGAAAUUAGAAUCAGUGUUUUUCCCCUCUUUAUCUGGAUCUAAAAGCUUGAGAAGAGAUUACAGAGAACAGGCUCCAAAAAGCAAAACCCUAGAUUUUUCACAAAACAUAUCUCAGAUCAAGGAUCAAUUUAAUAAGAGUGCACAAAGAGGACUUGAAAAUACAAAACAUCAGUUGCAGCUGCCUCUUCACCCUUCAUGGGAAGCGAGUAAGAGGCGAAAAGAACAGCAGUCUAAAAUUGCUGUGUUUCAGGGGAAGAAAAUUACAUUUGAUGAUUGAUCACUGCCUCUUUUUGUGAACUUUUCUAUCUAAGAAUUAUUUUCCCAACUUGUAUUUGAAUAAGUCUGUUUGGAGGGGUUAUAGAAUGUUUGUUUUUGUCUUUUUCUUUUUUAAGUGAUUUAGAGUUAUGUUUACGUAAACCUUUCACAAAUCAAAUAUGUACUUAAAUUGAUUUUUUGUAUUUUGCUGCAGACUAUUUCCUCUAUAAUAAAAUUUGGGGAUUAUAGUGACUU